AUGACUAGACUUAGUAUUUGUAUCUUUUUGAGCUCUGAAGAAUUACUGCACUCUAAGCUAAGGUCAAUUAGCGAAUAAGAUUUAUUUUUAUCAAGAUUUAGACAAAAGAAACUUGAUAUACUUUUUUCUAAAAGAGUAGAGUAAAAGGCUAUAAUGAAAAUAUAUAUGAAGGUGAGGAGAGAUGCAUAUAGACUUCUUCUAAAUAAUCUUUUUUUCAAAAAAAAGACUAUUAUUGAAACCAAAAUUGUAGCUGAGCAAACUAAAAUAGGAAUCAUAAAUGUGAGGAGAAGAUCUGAAAAUCCCAGACUAAUCUAUUAUGAUUUAUACUAAGAGAUCAAGCAAUUUAAAGAGAAGAAUGGAGAGCUUAAAGGAUUAUAAAACAAGAACUAAAAUUGA